GGUUAUUUGUUGUUUCAUUGAACUUUUUAUAUACGCUAGGAUCCUUCCGAUAACUGAUGGACCCUAUGCCAUAAAUAUAACUUGUGAUCUUUUGGUACAUAAAAGGGCAAUAUAAUAAAAUCUCGUUAACUAGCACUUUCAUUAAGUUGAACUGAUUUUUAGGUGUCUAAUUAUUUCCAUCUUAUUCUGCCUGUAACAGACCGAUUCACCCCGUGAUGGCUUGCUUUGCGUAUGAAAUAAAAAUGUGAAGCUGGUUGUAUUAUUCUCACUUAGAAAUUUCCAGCUUCCCACAGACUGAUUCUGUCCGCUAUGGACAGAUUCUGUCUGCAACAGACCGAUUCACCCCGUGAUGGCUUGCUUUGCGUAUGAAAUAAAAAUGUGAAGCUGGCUGUAUUAUUCUCACUUAGAAAUUUCCAGCUUCCCACAGACUGAUUCUGUCCGCUAUGGACAGAUUCUGUCUGUAACAGACCGAUUUACCCCGUGAUGGCUUGCUUUGCGUAUGAAAUAAAAAUUUGAAGCUGGUUGUAUUAUUCUCACUUAGAAAUUUCCCGCUUCCCACAGACUGAUUCUGUCCGCUAUGGACAGAUUCUGUCUGUAACAGACCGAUUUACCCCGUGAUGGCUUGCUUUGCGUAUGAAAUAAAAAUUUGAAGCUGGUUGUAUUAUUCUCACUUAGAAAUUUCUCGCUUCCCACAGACUGAUUCUGUCCGCUAUGGACAGAUUCUGUCUGCAACAGACCGAUUUACCCCGUGAUGGCUUGCUUUGCGUAUGAAAUAAAAAUUUGAAGCUGGUUGUAUUAUUCUCACUUAGAAAUUUCUCGCUUCCCACAGACUGAUUCUGUCCGCUAUGGACAGAUUCUGUCUGCAACAGACCGAUUUACCCCGUGAUGGCUUGCUUUGCGUAUGAAAUAAAAAUUUGAAGCUGGUUGUAUUAUUCUCACUUAGAAAUUUCCCGCUUCCCACAGACUGAUUCUGUCCGCUAUGGACAGAUUCUGUCUGCAACAGACCGAUUUACCCCGUGAUGGCUUGCUUUGCGUAUGAAAUAAAAAUUUGAAGCUGGUUGUAUUAUUCUCACUUAGAAAUUUCCCGCUUCCCACAGACUGAUUCUGUCCGCUAUGGACAGAUUCUGUCUGUAACAGACCGAUUUACCCCGUGAUGGCUUGCUUUGCGUAUGAAAUAAAAAUUUGAAGCUGGUUGUAUUAUUCUCACUUAGAAAUUUCCCGCUUCCCACAGACUGAUUCUGUCCGCUUUGGACAGAUUCUGUCUGCAGUAGAAUGGCUCAAACUUCCGCUCACUUCCUUUCAUAUCAUAUUCUCUAUUAAUUGAUUAAAAUGACGAUAACAGCGUUUGACUACCCAGGAAUGGGGAUUUCUCAUUCAAAUUUUGUUUUGUAUCUGUUUCUUCUCAUGGUUGGGCAGAUUUAGGGGCUUGAGUUGGUUAAGUACUUCACAGAUUUUGGUAGCAGGCUCCCCCUCUCACUAGCAAAAAUAAUCGCAAUCUUCCAUUUGAUUUAAAGAUACUAUAUUCAUGUGCAAUAUUCUGUCACAACUAGACGCUCAAUCGUCUGAACAUAAAGUUGGGCCGUACCCUGAACUUCAAAGAAGAUGGGCCAUGAAUGAUAUCAGUAUCAGGCCAUUGCAACCAGUGUGUGCUUGGGUGUGAAAGUUAGUCAACGCAACUGUGACAGCAAUGUUGAGUCAUGGCGGAUGCUGUUUGUUUGCGGGUACUGUUUGAUUUCUUUAUGUCUUGACCAAUCAGCUGAGCAGAAGAAAAAAAUUCUGUCCAGCAGAAAAAAAAUUUCUGUCUAGGAGAAGAAAAUUCUGUCCAUAUGUGAACAGAAUUCCCAUUACCCAAUCAACUGUCUUUCCCCAAAAUGCGCGGUUUGGCUCUUCCAAUGAAAGAUCUGCUUUUCAGAACAUCCAAUAGGAACUAAAUCGGAGAACGGAUACGUCUGUUUCGACCAGUCAAUAUGCAAGAUGCAGGAUUUGGCGCGAAAUAUGUUUUAUAUUUGGCGGGACUUCUUUAUAUGUGCACAUUCGCGAUGAAGCAUCAAGUCGAAAGGCAUUGAAAAUAGAUGACCUGCAACUUCAUCUUCGAGAUUAGGAAAAGGGGUAUUUGGCCGCUUAUUAAUCACACCAUUUCAGGUAAGACGAUUCUACUGUAGUUUUGUAAAGUUUUAAACUAUUUCGCCUUAUUUUUUCAAGAGUUUUCUACCUUAGCAACAGUAAAAGACACGUUUUCUAAAUUUUAGUUCUAAACUGCCGCAUGACAUGAUGUCACAAAUAGUUAAUUCCGAAGAAGAAAGCUUUGAGGAAGCUCUCUCUCAAGCAGUCAACCAUAGGCCAAAGCUCAGAAAUGUGCUUAUUGACUUAAACUUAGAACAGACGGAUGAACAGUGUUCCACGGGAUCUAGCGAAGAUGAAACAAUAUACGAGGAAUUCUACAAUUCUGAUUCCGAAAAAGAGAACAAUGUCCCCUGUGAAAAGACAAAACCCAGAGAAUCAAGGUAUGAAAGGUGGACUUCAGAUGUGAAAAUCCAGGAGGACUACAGAGCUUUUCGAGUCAAAACUUGUUGUCGACGUGGCUGCUAUCAAAAGCUGACUAUUGAGCUAAUGAGGUUACUGCGUCAUCGAUUCGCAACAAAGGGGGAAAAACAGCAACGUCAGUGUAUCUUAGACGAAAUAACGCAAUCGCCUUUAUUAGAGCCCAAAUUGUUUAUAGACGGACAAAGGGUUUGCAUUAGCACUUGGUGUCUAUUUCAUGGUUGCUCAACGACCAGGUUUUAUGAAAUAUUACAACUUGCGAGAAAGUACGGAUUCAAAGCGAAUGUUGCAGGAUCAAGAAAAGGUGUAAAAAAUGUGUCUGCGAAAAGAAUACGUGCAAGAAAUUGGAUGAAUACAAUGUGCAGCAUUGGCGAAAUUCUCCCGGAUGACGACAAAACAGUAUACUUGCCAUGCUGUUUCUCGAGAAAGGAGCUGUAUGCCACGUAUAUAUCAGACACUAAAGGAGGACAAGUCCUCGGAUAUACAGCUUUUCGGAAAAUGUGGAAAGAGGACUUUAAGCAUGUGAAAAUUUCAAGGCGAAAAGGCAGUUUUACAAAAUGUGGCGUCUGCGUGCUUUUGAAGGAUUUGACUACUGCUUCCACAAAUCCAGACAGAAGAAAAAGACUUCUUCAGAAAAAGACAAAGCACAUUGAGCAGCAACAAGCAGAAAGACAGAAGUAUUACCACCACAUCGCUAAAGCGCGAAAACACCCACAUAAAUAUAUCUCGAUCAUUUCUGACGCCAUGGAUCAGUCCAAAACUAAUAUUCCGCAUUGGCUUUCAAAAUCAAAGUCUAACAAGGACGAAUUCCUGAAGACCCAUGUAACUGGUUUAUUAUCUCAUGGAACUGGAACCUGUUACCAAUUUAUCGAUCUUAUGCAAUGGGCACACGAUUCAAAUUUGGUGAUGAAUACGCUGUACAGAGUGUUGGUAGAUAUUGCCACGGAACAACGACUCUCACCAGUGUUGUACCUGCAACUGGACAACUGCUGGCGAGAAAAUAAGAAUCGCUACAUCUUCGCAUUCCUUGCCUGGCUGGUUCAAAAGGAUGUCGUUAGGAAGGUCAAACUGUCUUUUUUAAUGGUUGGACAUACACACGAGGAUAUAGAUCAGAUGUUCAGUAGAAACGCAGUCCAACUGCACAAAGAAAAUGCUGUGACGCUCCCGCAGUUGGAAGGUGUUUUUCGCAAGGCAUACACCCCUCGCCCAACAGUAACCACGCUUCGGUUCCUUUUCGAUUUCAAAGGGUUCCUUUCUAAAUACAUCGCAAACAUCCGCAACCACAGCAAACCCCACGCUUUCAAAUUCGAGAAAACAGCUUCUGGACAGGUUGGCAUUACCUAUAAGAACUGGGCAGCAGAUGAGGGAUGGCUACCUCGUAACAUUAAUGGUGACAGAGAGCAGCCUCUGUUAAUUCUCAAUGAAGAAGUGCCCCAAAACGAUUUCCCUUUACCAUUGCAACCCGAAUUCGAUGUGAAAAACGAUUUGGAAACAAUGAGAAAAGAAGCGACAACUGCAGCUGCCAGAAUGACUGAGAGUGAAAUGUUGUGGUGGAAGGAGUUUCUUCAACAACAAGAAUCCACGAGGUCCUUCUGGAAGUCUUUAACGACAGGCAAGAAGCGUUCGCUGUCACGGAAAUUUUGGGACAAUAUGAUUUUAAAACCAUAUCUAGAGGAACGAGCACCAGAAAGUGAUCCAGACGAGCAACGAAGAGAAGAUGAGAUAGAUGAGAUGAUAAAAAAUACAGAAAAUUUCAAACAGGUGGAGAUAAUUAGAAAAAGAUGACUAAGAAAACGUGAAAGUUAGAGGUUCAUUCGGUUCCUGAAAAGCUUCUUUUGUAUUUCGUGUAGGCCCGUCAACUCGACUUCCGUCCUCACCAAGUGGCCGACCGCGUUUCUUGCAUCGCGCAACAUUUUUGUUCUCGAUAAGCUUUUGCUGUACCAAGACGUUGAUCAAAUUAUCUUGUGACCAUGGCCACCUCGGAUCAAUUGUAGAUGAGUCCGUUCUCCUAAGUUUUGGUAGUUCGUUGUCCAUUGCUUAAACUCUUAUCAAAAUUAUUAUGUAGCAGACUAAUUGAACUGAAUUAGGUUUUGGAACGCUAUUCACCCCUUAACUACUUUUUGUGCCGACAAGUACCACUGUACAAUCUCGUUUUUAUGUUUAACAGUUUAUUUUCAAUAUGGAACCACUUCAAACCGAAAUUACGUUUGAAAACAUACAAAACUGAAAACUAAAAUCCUCAACCAACGUUUAUCGUUAAUGUUUUCGCCGCUGCAGUUUUUGGGGCACUAGAGACUUUUUUUUGUUUAGAUUUGCAAUUUAGAUUUUAUCGCAGAAAUAACACAUUUUUGGUACCGAUUUCAUCUGAUCGUGCAGAAUCUUCAGCCACUCCAACUGUUUUCUUUCAAACUCGAUGAAAGUUUAAAUCAUAAAAAUUAAGGUUCAAAUCUAAGGUUCAAAUAUGUUUUAAAAUACGGUCCUAUAUAUAUGUUUUAAAAUACUCUCAGCCGCUUUUUAAUGCUUCCGAAAUCAUGCUUAUGGAAUAGGACCGUAUUUGUAUCAUUAGAUUUUACAUUUUGAUAUCAAAUUUGUUGUUCUGUAUGUUCUUGUUGAAAUUUAUGAUGAAGCAACACAUCUUAAAAGAUUUAAUAUUUUUCUUUGAUCUUAAGGCGAAUUUACACUUUGUGUUGGGCAAAAAUAAUUUAAGAAUAAUCUUAGGCUCAAAACCUGAAGUUUUUAAGAAUAUUGAGGCUCGGCAAAAAAUAGGUAUUCUUAUUCUUAUUAGCUUGUACAUUAUUUCUUCUGUCUCAAUAAAUAAGCAGACGGAAAAUACACUUAUUGAAGAAAUUUUUAUUUUCACUUGGAAUUUAUGUCCACAGGCGGAACUCUAUUCGCUUGUUUUAAUCGACUUUCUGGUAACCAUUAUCUUCAUUCGAGCACCCUACCCUAAAACAUUGUAAUGUGUAAUGAGUUUGGUUGCCACAGAUUUGAGUUUGCUAAACAACAGUUGAAAUAUUAACGUGCCGAGGAGCGAAGAGGAUAACACCUUUGCCGAGUAAACACAAAAAUAACGAUUGUCAACGAUUGUGAAAGUACAGAAGGGUUUACUUACGCGUACCAGUGUAUGACUGUUAUGUAAACAAUCUGGAUAAAACGGGUAUUCAAAGAAAGAAAAUAUUAAAUGUACCCCCAAUAAUUGUAAAGGUGUACUGUGUUUCCUUAUUUCCUAUACAGUACAUAACAUUUUUAAUUAAUCAUUUCGCUACUUACAAAAAAUCCUGUCCCCGAGCCUCUAUUUUCGCUAUAAUUUCAACAUAAGUUGAAGAUAGAGAAUUCAACAUUGUAAAUCUGGUCGACGUUUGUUUUGAAAAAAACUUUAAUGGCUUGGCUGUCCGUUUUUGUCGAGCCCGGUUGUCGAGCGGUUUUACCGUAAGAUUUUAUGGAAUUUGUUAUGUAACUAGCUUUGUAUUUUAUCGUGUAGGCUUUUUGCUGUCAUUGGAAUCCGAUUGUCAACGAUUAUGAAAGUAGAGAAUGGUUUACUUUGUACAUUUGUACUAAUUUGAAACAAUGAUUAAAGCGCAGAGCUAGCAGCGAAGUACAUGUCUAUUGUCUUUCUUGCAUAGUUUUGAAUUCCUUCAGACCACAUGCGGAUUGAUGCUGGUAAUAGUCCUUGUGUAAAUAUAAUUUGACAACCAAACAAGGUGUUAAUGUGUAAUUCGGAUCCCUGUGGCGGGCUAUAUGUCCAUAAUAAAAAACUGUAACCUGAUUGGCCAAUACCCCAUAUUCUGUCUAUGAGGUUCUGUCUGUGAAUAUAUCAGACAGAUUAUGUCUAUGUCCGUAUUGCAAGUGACAACUCCGGAUUACAAAUGCACUCUGUUCAUAUUAUGAUUCACAGUGUCAAAUGCCUUUUGUAAAUCAAUAAAAAUCCCACAGCAAAAUUUCCUAUUGUCUAGUGAAUUCUUAAUGGCAUCUGUUAUGCUAACAAGAACAUGGUCAAUAGAAUAAUUAGCAUGAAAUCCAAAUUGUGAAAUAUAUAAUAUUUCAUGCUUUUCAAGAAAUUUGUAGAGACGUUUGUACAUAACUCUUUCAAUGAUUUUGCUAAAAAUAGAGAGAGGAGAAAGAGGUCUAUAGUUAGAAGCUGCAAGUGGACAACCUUUCUUGAAAAGUGGUAUAACUUUAGCCAACUUCAUUUUGUCCCGGAAGAUUCCAGACUGGAAAGAUUCAUUUAUGAUUUGAGAAAGAGGAGAUGAUGUAAGUGGGGAAAGAGGUUUUAAGAUUUUCAUAGGAACACUAUUUGGUCUGAGAGACUUUCCAGCUUUAAGGAGCGAGAUUAUCUCAGAUUAUCUCAGACAGUGAAGAAGAAGCUUCCAAUUCUGCUUUGCAAGUGACUUCAUAGAUCUUGGUAUGUUUUUGGUGAUGUUAUGAGAAACGUUAAAAACAAAAAACUUAUAAAAAACAUUCGCUAUAACGACAGGAUCUGAUGCAACAUUACCAUUUGAGUCCUUAAGAUUACUUAUAACAUUAACACUACUUGAUUGCCCAAUAUCUAAGACUGAUUUAAUUCCUGGCCAUAAUUGUUUCAUGUUAUUGCUAUUUUUCUGGAAAAAGUUGUAGAAGUAGCUGGCUUUACUUUUUCUCAGGGAAAAUCUGAUACCAAGCAUCUGGAGUUGGCUUCCUUGAGAGGGUUCUGACAAAGGAUUUUAACCCCAGCCCAGCUCCCUGCUAUUAUUAGGAAAAGUUGCAUUCCUGAUAGGCCUUCUAAGAUUUUCUUCACCUUGUGUCCACAAAACAUCAAACACUCAAAGUAAUGGUCAUCCAAGUCCCAGAAUGAUUUUCUCUGUCCCAGUGCCGAAACCAAUAGACAGAGCCAGGUGGUUGCCCAAGCAAGUUGCAAAUAUGGUAACGAGAGGGCGUACUUUAAAACAAGGUCUAUUGAAUUUUACUAGAAAAUCAGUGAUGCUGCACCUGACAUUGGCAGGUGAUUUUUGUGCACUCACACCUGAAGUGCUUGUUGAAAUUGUAUCUACUCUGCAAACAGGGUGCCAAAGUAAGGAACUCCCAUUUGCCAGUACAUCCUUUCAGCAAUGGCGGCGCCAGCCACUACGCUCUAGGGAGGACAAAAUAAAAAAUUUAGGCCACGCCCUUUUAGCGCUAGGAAACGCCCCUUUAUAAACAAGGAAAGCCAAUUUUAGGAACGCCCAUAACUAACUGUUGGCUAUGUAAAGGCAGUUUGAAAAUCAAAGGAUGACAUCAAAUAAUGUAUGUUGCCAAAA